UGAGAUUUAUAAACCAACAAAAUCACUUCAAAAUUAUUUUCUGUAUCUCUCUUUCAUCCAACCCACCCCUUCAUUGCCGGAAUAUUCGUUGCCCCAUGGCUCCGAUAUCCUAAUCGGAAAAAGAAAAACCAAUUCAUUACCGUACCUCCUUCCAAUUUGGUAAGUAUUGAGAUUGACAUGAUAAAGAAACCAAAAUGUCAUUUAAAGGAAUCGUGCGCGAGUUGAGAGAAAUGCGAGACGGGAUAGGUAGUAUAUCGAGAAGAGGGAUUGAAGGUAGGCAUUGGCGGAACCGAACUAGAUCACAUAUUGCACCUGAUGUGGCUCCAUGUGUGGUUAUAAACCAAGGUCAGUGGGCAAAUUUGCCACCUGAACUGCUUUUGGAUAUAAUUCGUAGGGUUGAAGAGAGUGAGACGUCUUGGCCUGCGAGAACGGUUGUUGUUUGUUGUGCGUCGGUUUGUAAGUCGUGGAGGGAUGUUACUAAGGAGAUUGUUAAGACUCCUGAAGAAUGUGGAAGGUUAACUUUCCCGAUUUCGUUGAAACAGCCGGGUCCUCGAGAUGCUCCUAUUCAGUGUUACAUUAGAAGAGAUAGAGCGACUUCUACAUACCGGUUGUACUUUGGGCUGACCCCAUCCGAAGAUGAAAGUGAUAAGUUACUGUUAGUGGCGAAGAAAAUCAGAAAGGCAACAAGUACAGAGUUUGCUAUCUCUUUGGUUGCAGAUGAUUUCUCUCGAGCUAGCUCUACUUACGUUGGUAAAUUAAGGUCUAAUUUCCUGGGAACCAAGUUCACUAUAUAUGACAGCCAACCUCCAACUGAUGCAGCAACUCUACAUAAUCAUAACCAUUCAAGUCAAAGAUUUCAUAAAAGACAAGUAUCUCCUAGAUUACCCGCUUGCAGCUAUAGCGUAGCCACCAUCUCCUAUGAACUGAAUGUACUACGUACACGGGGUCCUAGACGAAUGAACUGUUUGAUGCAGUCUAUACCCAUCUCCUCAAUUCAAGAAGGUGGCACUGCUCCAACUCCAAAAUCUUUCCCGCAAUCAUUCGAAGAUACACAUCCGAUCUCAUCAUCUUCCUUGAAAAUUAAAGAUAUGAGUGUUACUCAUUCCACCUCGUCUUUAUCAGGCCCUAUUUGCGUCGACUCUUUGAUGCUUAAAAAUAAAGCUCCUAGAUGGCAUGAGCAAUUACAAUGCUGGUGUUUGAAUUUCAAAGGGCGUGUGACUGUAGCUUCUGUCAAGAAUUUCCAGCUUGUAGCUUCUGUUGAUCCUUCUCACAAUGUGUCGGCUGCGGAACAAGAUAAAGUGAUCCUGCAAUUCGGGAAGAUCGGCAAAGACAUUUUCACUAUGGAUUAUCGGUACCCUCUCUCCGCUUACCAAGCUUUUGCAAUCUGUCUCAGUAGCUUUGAUACAAAACCCGCAUGCGAAUAACAUUAAUUAUUAUGCGACUCAUAUUGGGGUGGGCUAGUUACACAUUAAGUGUUGAAAUGCCAGGGCCUCUGUAUGCGUGGAAGAUUGUCUUGGGUUGCUAUAUGUUAUAAGCUUGAUAAUUAUAGCAGCGGAACUAGUUUUUCAUGUAGCUUUUCUAAUGCAACAAAUAUGUGUUUUGUUAUGGUUAACAACUUUAUUAAUCCAAGUUGGGAAAGCUCCCUAUGCAUUCUGUUUCUCGCCA